UAGUGAAUGUUAGGCAUCCGAUGUAGAACGAGUAGUGAAUAAUGUCAGUCGUGUUUACGUAUGAUAUCAUCGUUAGGGUAGGGCACUUUGAUGUACUUGUUAAACGGGGUUAAUUUAUGGCAGUUUUUCCCACUGAAUUUGCUUGAAUUUAAAGGGAACUUCGAGUCUGGUAUAACAUGGUUGAAGCUGUUGUGGAGUUCGAUUACGUUGCUCAAGAACCAGACGAGCUGUCAUUGCGGAAAGGUGACAUAAUUACAAACAUACGCACACAACCAGGUGGAUGGUGGGAAGGUAGCUUAAAGGGUAAAAGAGGCAUGUUCCCUGAUAAUUUCGUGAAGGUGACCACUGAGGGGAAGCCGGCCGGUCAGGAAGGACCCAGCAAGAAGUCACUGAGCCGCCGCUGCAAGGUUCUCUUCAGCUACCAGCCAGUCAACGACGAUGAACUUCUCCUCAAAGUCAACGAAAUCAUAGACAUUGUUGGGGAGGUGGAGGAAGGCUGGUGGAGGGGGAAAAUACGCAACACAGUUGGUGUGUUCCCGUCGAACUUCGUGAUGGAAUUGCCUGACGAGACUGCAGACAGUAGCCAGAAGACGCGCGGGAGCAGCCGGGAGGCAAGCGAGAGCGACGGAGACGUGUCUGCCUCCAUGUCCAGCCCGGACUCGAGUCAGCUGCUGGAUCACGACGCAGAGGCCCCCUCGCUUCCGCCCAAGCCAGUGAAGGAGACUUGCCGGGUGCUGUUCCCGUACGCGGCCUGCAACGAGGACGAGCUGACCUUGAAGGAGGGCGACGUGGUGGUUCUGCUGAGCCGCGACGUGCCCGACCAGGGCUGGUGGAAGGGCGAGCUGCGCGGCAAGGUCGGGCUGUUCCCCGACAACUUUGUCGAGGUGGUGCAGCAAGACGAGGCCCCCAAGAAGCCGGAACGCCCUCCGUCUAAGUCCCCCCUCGCCACCACGAACCGUGCCAGGGACAGCAUAACGAAGCCUCUGGUCCCAGCUUUUCCGAAGAGUGACUCCGGAGAGAGCGUGCCCAAGAAAGUGGUGGAGGCAACUCCGAAAACAGAAGACAAGGAGAAGCUGUCCGUCGCGGUACCCCCGCUCCCGGGGAAGAAGCCCUCGCUCCCCAUGAAGAAGCCCCAGCGCGCCGGGUUGCCCGAGGGCCUGUCGAAGAGGCAGCUGGACUUGGUGGACGGAGGGUGUCUCAGCCGGCCGCGUGGCGGGGCGGCUCCCCCGGUGUCGGAGUUCGACAGCGUCGAGCGCGCGGCCAUGCUCAGUCACCCGACCGCGUCGAGGGCGAGGGCCCCGCGCCGGCGACCUCCGACCUUCGCCAAGGAAGCUGAGGUGAACGGGCGGCUGAUGAACGGCUGCGCGGACGACCGCCUGGCGGAGGACGGCAUCCACGAGGAGGAGGAGGAGGAGGAGGAUGAGGGGGGGAAGGGCGCACGCGCAUGGGAGCGCAACAAGGCCCCGUGGAUGGACGAGCUGAAGCUGAGCCAGGCGCGCAAGAGCACGUCGCUCAGCCCCACGGCCAAGGGCGCGCCGAGCCCCCUCAGCCCCGGGGCGCCGGCUGUCGCAGGCAGGAGCCCCGAGCCCGCGGGGGACCGGCUGGCGUCGGCGCUGCCCCCCACCACCAGGGCCAGGACCGAGCCGAGCUCUGCGCGCCUGGGUAGCGCCAGGUCGAGCAGUGCCACGCCUGCCGUCGACGCAGAGGAAGGCGGGGCGCUAACCCCCGUGGAAGCGGCGAGGCCGAUGAGCAGCGUCGCGGCGGCCAGGCAGCAUGGGCCCCGCCCCCAGUCCAUGUUUGAGGGGCCGGCGCGCGGGCCCUCGCCCCUAGCGCGGCCGCUGUCCGCGCUGGCCAGCCCGCCGGGCGGCCGGCCGGCCGUGCCGAGCCCCGGCCAGACGCCCAAGCCGGAGUCCGCGACCAGCCUGUCGUCGCUGUCCGAGGGGGACGCCCUGGCGUCGCCCGUGCAGGUGGCGCAGCUCAAGGAGACGGUGUCCAGGCUGGAGCUGAAGAUGGAGCAGCAGCGCAAGGAGUUCAGCGCGGCGCUCGCGGAGCUGACUGCGAGGCUCGACGAGGAAGCGGAGAAGAGGGGCCGGAUCGAGCGCCAGCUCGAGAAGCUCUCCAACCUCGUCACGCAGGUGUGACGUUCCUCGUCUGUAUCGUUUGGCGUGGUCCCGAGCGAGACAGGUCUUCUGCGUCGGGUGGGCGCCGCUGCGGCGGGCACGGAACUUGUGUUUGUUAUCGCUGACUCGGCUUACAACGACAGCCCUCGGGGGGCGGUUCCGGCCUGCGUGCUCCUCCCCUAGACAGUCUGCAGAUGAUGUGUCGUGCGAAUCGCGGCUGCUGGUCGGGAGUUGGACAUUCCCGGGACGUAGAGGCGUGCGUUGGUAGCUGGAAAAAUUUGUACAUAUAAGUAUAACAUGAUUUUUUUUUUGUUUACUUUUGUUACAUUCCAUAUGUUAAUGUGCGAGGGAAAGCAUUUUUAUUUUUCAGGUUGUGAGUUCCCGAAUGUGAGUUAAGGUGCAACUUGUGUACACGACCGCUCGUAAUAAAAUUUUUUAAACGAGCUACUACCUGCUACACUUCAUUUUCUUUCACUCAUGAUAGUUGGUGCUAGCUUCGUCAUUUUUGUUUGCGAGUUAUUAGUCUCGUGUUAAGAUUGUGUUAAAAGAUGAAACAUGUCACGCGAGCUCUUUGUUCUAUGUGAAAUAACUGUGUUGGUGGCGAGAAGGUUUUAUUCUUUAUGGUGGGGUUUUUUUUACGAAAUGUUGUUUACAUGAUUAAUUUAUGACUAGUGUAACAGCUUUUGAUUUAUUUAUAAGACCCUAUCAUUAAGUAAAAAUGACUUUAUUUGCUGUAAGUACCUCAGAUAAAUAACAAAACUAAUAAUAAUUGUAACCUUUUGUCCGCUAAGCAGGAAACGUACUAGCAGGAAAAUAAUGCUGGGUUUCAACAACAAUUUUAGAAUUUAAUACAUCAUUACCGUGUUUACCUGCGUAUGGGCAGCACAUUUUAUUCUGAGCAUUAGUGUAAAAAAAAUGUAUUGCGAUCCUCAUGUGAAUGUUUUAUUUUGUUUUUUUAAAAAAAAAAUUAAAAUUUCACAGUGUGGUGAAAUAUAAGCAGAAAUAACUAUCCUUUGUUGGUUUUUAAUAAAUAACUCCAUGAGUAAGUGUAUUUUGUGUAGUUAAAAUAUCUCGACAGUGGGGUGAAGUGUAGUGAACAGCGCAGUUAUGGUAUGUCUGCCGCCCGCCUGGUCAGCAGUGACACAUCUGCUGCAUGGGUGCAGCGAGGAGGGGAAAAUCAAAAAAUUAACCAACCAGAGAGCGAGCGAGAGAGAGAGAGAGAGAGAGCUAAUGGCAUUGUUUACGGUUCUCCCUCCCUCGCAUCGUUCUAAAUGUUGGUGAACUGGCACCCUACCCACCAUUAACGUGUCUUAUCUUGACAGAUGUGUAUGACGCAGCUGUGCCCAAACAUUAUUGUUUUUUUUUUUGCGUGAGAGUCCCCAUGCUUUCAACUGAACAUUCCGUGACAAAACUUCAGCUGUCGUGUUGGUAACCGCGAGUGCUAGUUUUUAUACAAGGAACAGCUUUAUGCUGCUUUUCUCUCACUGCGGCAAUGGUUUGGGUAAAAAAUAAAAAUUAUAAUAGACAGGAGAGAAACAAUGGGUAUUUAAAAAUAAUAGCAGUAUUCUCCUCUCUCUUUUUUGUUAGGUAGUGCGGGAAUCGGAAGGGUUCUAAAUGUGGAAUGAGGGGGAAGGGGGAGAUGUGGGCAGGACUGCCACCUCGCAACCUCCCAUAGCAAUAAAGUGUGACAGAAAUACGCAAAGAAGAACCGAGGGUUAUCACCAGUGCUGUAUUUCUUACGAGCCAAUAAACCUAGACAUGGAACACAAAGACUUCACUUUUAUCCAUUGAACACUGCUGAAGACAUUUAUGGUACAACCCUUAUUUGAAUGCGACCCUUAUGGGGAAAAUGUUAAGAUUUUCAUGACAACCGAGAUUAUAGGUGCGAUCCAUACGCAGGGUAACCCUUCUCCGGGUAAAUACGAUACUUGUUUUUUGGACACACUUCAGCGUUUAUUAGUGGUUUUACUUUUACAGAGUUUGAUAUAAGUUCUUGCAGUGGGUGAUAUGUUUUUUUACCUGUGUGUGCCAUGCUCUUUUUAAAUCUGUAAUAUGUUGUUAUUCACCAUUGUAAAAUUAAUGGACCCAUUUCUGAAAUCCACCAUUGCUAAUGGCAGUGUGUUGUCUUUUUUUUUUAUUAUUGAAAUGGUAUACUGCCAUUUCAUCUAUAUCAGUAGUGAUUCAUAAUAAUUUUACUGUGGAUCAAAACAAUUAAAAUAACAAAGAAAUUUUAGUAUGUACUGCACUGUAUAAAACUAAUGUUGAGUACUGAUCACACGUAACAAGGUGCACACCUCUUUGCUCAGCAUUUAGACCCCAUUUGAUGAAUAGUGAAAUGAUAUAAGUUUGUUUUAAAAAUGUAUUGAAAUCACAAAUUUUAUCAUGAAUAUCUAUAUUUGAUAUUUAAAAAAUUCAUAGUAUUGUGAAUAGAAUCAAUAGACUAGAAAAUUUAAUUUUAUAUUUCCUGCUAUUAGAAACUUUUUUUUUAUGUAUUAGUACUGGUACGUUCUUAAAAAAACCAGUGCUUGCUGAUUUUAUUUUUCUUGGUAGACUAGAUAAAAAUAUGUCUCAGACAUGCUUUCGUACAGUUAAAACUACAGUAUGUUCGUUAAACAAGUGUUAAGAGAUAUUUUAUUUUCUAGUACAUUGAAUAAUACUCUCUCUCUUCAUGCACAGUGAUAUAAAAUAAAAAUAAAUCUGAAAUUUUGAAAAUGAAAAAUAUAAAACUAAGUAAAAAUAAAACAGUAAGUAUAUUUUCUAGUCAUCAAACAGCAUUAUUACUGCAAAAAUCCAGUUAAUCAUAACACAUUUGUUAGUGUGGGCAGGUGAGUGUAGGUUUUUCAACGGCUAAUUUAAAACACUAAUAAAUUUUUUUUCGUGAAGAUUUAGUUAAAAUAGUGCAGUGUAAGUGAGACAAGGGUUGUAUGUUGGCCUAUUGUACUUAUUUGGAAAAUGUGGAGGUGUACCUUGUACUUGCAAGCUUGGAUGGUGAAAGCAAUUACCAUUAAUGUACCAGAGUUGGAGUUAAGUGCUUGGUAAGUUUAUCCCAUCGUGCAACACUUAACGUAGAGUGUUUCUGUUAUUAGUGCAGUAGUCUUACCUCAGGAACAUGCCAGACAGUUUUACACAGAGGCUUUAUGGUUAAAUGGGUUUUUAAGAUUUUGUUUACAUUGAAGUCGUUGAAUAGAUUAUGCCUAGCAUGAGUAAUAAUACCAAGGCAGUUGUCAUUCAGUAUUUUGGUGGAAAUAUUUUUUCCCAAAUGAUGCUUUAUGUAUCCUAAUACCUAAUGUAUUAAUGGAAUUGAAAUGUAGCAGCAAAAAAGGUCUCAUCCCUACUUUUAAUCGACAUUUAUCAUCUAAUCUGCAACAACAAAAAUAGGCUGAAUUAAUUAAAAGGGGGGUAAUAAGAAUAACUGUAGGAUAAAGAUAAAACACUGUGUUCAGUAUGAUUCACAAUUUUCACUGUAAGUUGUAUUGAAAUUAAUUUAGGGUUCGUAGCGAAAAACAAAUGGCAAAAAAUUGAACCAUUCCAAAUAGUAUUACUGUAUUAAAAUAAUAAACACGUGUACCAAUAAUUCUGAACUGAAUUCCUGAAGCAACAUCGUCAGACUAAAUCCAUCUAUAGUUUUUAUUUUUGUUAGAGAGAAUGGUUGAAUUUUUUUCUCCCGAAGCACUUUCCUCAAUAUCUUUUUGAAGACAUGAAUAUAUGGACACAAUUUGUGAGUUAAAAAAAAGAAUCCCUACACUUUUUUACUGGCAGCUGUAGUACAUGGAUGCAAUUGGAUGCAAUUUGAUUGUCACAUAGUAAUUGAUGUGGUAUGCUAAAACCAUUCACUGAAAGUGGUUGGAAAAAAGUAAUAUUACUCUAGAAUGCUGAUUUUUACUAACCCCAGAGUUAACGAAGCACAGAUUUUACGAAUACACUCUAAAGGAACCGUUGGAAAUUCGAUAAUUUUCGACACCAAAUUAUAAGUGAUCGAAAAAAUUUGAAGGAAAUAAAUCACAAUGAAAGCUUUCUCCCCUCCUGGUAUGUCCUUGGGAAAAAUUUACAAGCUGUUAUUUGUAUUAAAAUUCCAAAAUCUGUUCACAACUAGAAGUCACUAUUCCCACAAUCGUGGGAAUAACACGAUAUGUGAAGGGCAGACAGCAUUAUAGUGCAAGAUUCUCUGUAAUGUACAGUUUAUAUGUUUGCAAUUAAUGCUGUGACUGGUUUAGCAUCUUUUAGUUAAAAGUUUCUUAGUCACUCCGUGAUUCUUCGUCUUUUCUUUGAAACCUCUGUGUUAGCUUGUUUGGAUUAUUGGGAUGUACUUUCCAUAAUAUUUGUUGAGUCGUAAAUUGUUUUAAAGUUCACGAGUCAAGGGUGUUUAGGUAGGAGAAUUUGUUGUAAAGCGACUCUUCCGAAAGCUUCGUUUGUCUUUGCAUUUUUUGUGUAUCCUGUGGUGUGCCUGUAAGGACUGCCACAUGUUGUGUGGGUAUGUAAACUUUUUUAAAACAUAAAUGCAUAGAAAUCUUAUGAGCACAAAAUAGUAUGCAUUAUAAUUUUGAAAUUUUGUAUUAACACUAUUUGUAUCAACCAAACUAUUGCACAGUUUAUUUGAAGUUAAAAAAAAUUAUGGUUUAAAAGAUUAAAAACAUCACCAGACUAAAGUAUUAUAGACAGAAUUUAUUAGUAACAUCUGUGUUUGUUCAUUUGGGCUUGUAAAAAUACUUACUACACGCAAGCAUACAAGUAACAAUUAAUUUUUUUUUUUUUUCACAAAGUUUUCAUUAAUAAUGUUUUGCUGUGUGUGAUUAUCGAUGCAUUUACUAUCGUAAAUACUUUACAUAUUUAACUUUUUAUGAGAUAGUUAAACUUAAGAUGUUUUUGAAUUUUGUGCAAAUGAAUGCACAAGUCUUAAAUGUUGACAAGUCGAGUUUCAUGAUUGGAAACGAUGGUAUUGGCCCAACUACAACUAGUUCAUUGCUGAUAGAUUAGGCCUCUGCUAUAUUCGUGUAUGGCACUUGUUACAAAUACAUUAUAUAUGUUGUUGUGUACAGAAUGACUACAUUUGUUAACAGCUUGCACAUUCCAGAGGUUAGGAGUUCAUGAUAUUUGCUUUUUUCUUGUACAGUAUAGUGGUGAACUCAUUGGAAGGUUUAAAAUUAUUUUUUUAAUAUUUGUAGCUACUACGUACAUUUGUAAUUGUAUAUUUUUUUUAUAGGGAACACUGUUUUUGUUAAUAUUUUAUGCAGUAACUUGUUAACGUCUACAGCAUUCAUAUCUUUUCAAGUGUCUGAUAUUUAUUUUCAUUGUGAGCAGAUAUUUUUCUGAAGUGACAAAUUGUGUUAGCUUUUGGAUUCAAAUGCUGAAUAUGUAUCUUUUAAGUUUUAUGAUGGGCAAAUCACUUCUAUCAUAAACAAGAUCUCUUUUUGAAGAUACCUAAACACAAGUAAAUGUUAAUUAGAUUUACGUAAAGGGUGAUCGGCAUGAGAUUUAUCGCCAUUAGGUACGCACAAAUAUCUAUUCUUUAGGUAAUGUAGUGCGUAUAAUUUUUAGUUAACCUAUAGUUCAGCUUUUUAAUGCCAUAUGUUAUAAAAUGGAAUGUGAAGUAAGGUACAUCCUUGUGAGUCAAUACUGUACUAACUUCAAACAUUCCAAUCCUGCGACUUUGUAGCCUGUUAACAAGAUCAAUAUCAUAACAAACAUCUUUAAAAAAUGUUCCCCUAUCUUUAUUUAAUUUCACAGUAAUAAAAUGUUAUAACUGGAAAUUUGGUUGUUAAAAUAAUAUUCUGAUACUAAAAGCAAAGUACUACCUCGUUAAUGAUGACAUUCUUCUUUACUUCAACAGAAACAGCACAAAUUCAUUGUAGGGAGUAGGUUGAUUGUUAGAAAAGUAUAUGGCCAAGUUUGUGGUUACAUUUUUUUCAUUAAUUUUUUUUACUUAACAAAUUAUUAUUUUUUUCUUCUGAUAUUUGGUAAAUGCCUUUAAGUUUGCAUGGAUGCCAAAGGAAGUGUGUAAGUAACAUUCCUAGUUAAACUGCAUUUUAUUGAUUCCUCGAAUCUUUCUGUCUUUCACUGUAACUGCCAUUGUCAUUAGUGCAUUGGUGUGCUAUACUGUACUGAGAGGUGAAAAUUGAAGUUCAACCAUUUUGGUUUCUGGUUGUAAGAAGUUGUUCCGCAACAAAUGUUUUUGCUGUGGAGAGUCUACUUUUACAGAUUUUAGAUGCGAUCUUCAUGUUAAUGUUUUUGCUUGUGAUACAUGCACAUUAUUAUUUCAAUAAUCAGUGUGAUUUUUUUCAUAAAUUAAAUAUAAUGCCUAACUUUUCCCACGUGAGUGCUGGUGUUUUAUGACUACAUUUUUUGUGUAAUUGAAUUGCUCAAGAUAAAUUAAUUUGACUUUUAGUAUUAUUAGUAAUAGACUUUUGUAUGCCGUGAUGUGUAUUUCUGAGAAAUUCCACUUUAUUUUUUUUGUCCUCGCAUUAUAUACAGCACCAAGUAAAUAAAGUAUAUAGUUCCUCUUCCAUGUUGUGGAAAAGUUUCGUUGUGUCUGAGAAAUGUUUCUACUAUAAACAAAUAUGUCUUUGUCUUCCCUAAUUCCACCAACUUUGCUUUGGAAAAACAACUUUUAAUUUUACGUUUUCAAUUGGUUUUGUUUUGGGGAUGUAAUUCUUGGCAAGUGGGGUAGCUAAGAAACCAUUUUGUUGUUUUACUUAUGUAUUCUGUUGUAUGUAGCUGUUGAAGUACAUAUUUUAGGACUCUCCGUUGUCGCUAUGGGUCAUUAAACUGGCUGAAACGAUGAGAAUAUGUUCAACAGUGUUAGCUGUAGCCUUUAUGGCAAUAAAUGUGAUUCAUUAUUAAGAAAAUAGUUCACUGAAAAUUGAGGCUUAAUGCUGUGAACAGCCUAAUAAAACUUGUUUAGAGUUUUUUGUAACCAUUUAACACCAGCAAUUUUAAUUAUGCAUGUAUUGUUUGUUUUCUGAACUCAAAAGAAAACUCAGUUUUCAAGAAUUGUUGAAAUAAAUAAAUUGUAAUUUAAUAGUAAUAGGACUAAAAACUUUUUUAUUUGUUUAAAUUAACUUGAUAUAAUUUUUUCUAUAUUUUGUGAUUAUUUUAUGUAUAUUGUGUUGACAUGUCAUUACGUAACAAAGCCUCUAACAAAUCUGUUUAAAAUACCAAUAUAUAUAUCAAGUAAUAUAUAAGCCAAUAUAGGCCUAUUUGAACCUAACUGGAUAUGAAUUGUUUUUUUGGUGGUGGGUUCUUCCUUUGAAAACAAUUUUUUUGUUUAGAAUUUUAGUGUAAUUGAGUGAUUUGUACAUAUAUAUAUUUUUAACCGUGUAGUGCUGUUUUGAAGUGUAAAUUGAAAGUAUGUGACGUCAUAUUGACAUCAUUAAACAUGAUUUUGACCAUA